GCCAGACGAGUGUACGAUUUCUAUGAUCGCCAAAAUAAAAUUUAUGAAUCAGCGGAAAAAUCAUACUAAUCCGAGGCAGUGAAUGAAUUCAAGAAACAAAUCUCGCGCAUGCGUAACAGCGCAAGCGCUAGCAGACGCUGUUACGCUUCAGUUACAUAUAUACAUAACAUAUAUGUCUACGCGUAUAUAUCACGUUAUAAGAAAAUAUAUUAAAUUCCUCGCGAAAAUAAAGUAAAAAAUAUGAAAUUAUAUAUGUUUAAUAUUUUUAUUCCUUUUCGUAAUAGCGUGUAUUAGCACUUGCGUUGUUACGCAUGCGCGAGAUUUGUCUCAAUUCUCAACGCCAGUCCGAGCUCCGAGCACGUGCGCUCACGACACUUGGACGAUGACAACGCGUUACGUCUCCUGUUCGUGCAAUCGCGUGCCACAUUGUGCCGAUUGGGGCAGCAACGGCCUCGUCUGCUUCGGAACGUGCAACGCGAUCGCGAUAUACGAGCCAUGCACGCACAUCGGUCGCGUCACGCACACGUUGCAUCGGCAUCACGACCGUGUCAACACGAUACACUGGAUAAGGCCAGGAAACGGGGCGCCGGAGACGGAAUUCCUGUCCGGCUCCGUGGACGGUACCGCGAUCAUCUGGAGCGAGGAUCGUCAAGACGGCUUUCGAGUUACCUCGCUGUUGGACGUGGGAGAUGCCGUCACCUUUGCCGACUCUCUCCAAUUAUCUGAAGUUUCCUUGUCCACUGCUUUCCCGAGGCUGUUGAUAUGCACGGGUUCUAUCAACGGCGACUUAAAGUUAUGGUCGAGAAAGGAAAACGCAGAUGUCGAAGUUAUUCAGACUAUUUCCUACGGAAGGAAAUUACCAUUACACUGUCGCCUGAUGUACUUGCCGAACGCUAAAUGUCCCCUCUUGGCUGUAGCAUUGGAGGAUGCUUCCAUCGUUUUGUACACCAAAGACUCUGAUGUAUCAGAAUCAAAUUUUAUAAAAGUCCAGAGUUUAUUCGGACACCAAGAUUGGGUAAGAUGUAUCGAUUUUCAUCACGAUGGCGAAGGAAAUCUUUUCCUUGCGACAGGAUCGCAAGAUAAUAUGAUACGAUUAUGGAAAAUUACUGGGGCUGUCACGGAAUCGUCGACCGAUGAACUUGAACAAAAAAGAGAUACCUUUACGAUAAACGAUAGAGAAUAUAAUAUUACUCUGGAAUCUGUUCUUUCUGGUCAUGAAGGUUGGAUUUAUGGAGUGCACUGGCAGCCUAUAGAAGGAAACAAUCACCAAACAAUGAGAUUACUGUCCUCCUCACUUGACAAGUCUAUGAUUAUCUGGGAACUAGACGAAUUCAGUGGAAUUUGGACAGAGAAAGUACGUGUCGGAGAAGUCGGUGGCAAUUCCCUGGGUUUCUAUGGUUGUAAAUUUGGUCCAGAUGGAUUACGUAUAUUGGGGCAUGGUUAUCAAGGUUCUUUUCACAUCUGGAAGUAUUCCCAAGAAAUUGCAAAUUGGAUUCCACAAUCUACACCCAGUGGCCAUUUUUCCGAAGUAGUUGACUUAUGCUGGGAACCAAAAGGAAGAUUUCUCAUCACAGCCAGCACAGAUCAAACUACGAAAGUUCAUGCACCGUGGAAGGAUGAUCUUAAAGAAUUAUGGCAUGAGAUUGCACGUCCUCAGAUACAUGGAUAUGACAUGACAUGUCUAGUUAUGUUAGCACCAUACAUGUACGCUUCUGGAGCAGAAGAAAAAGUGGUACGCAUUUUCGCAGCUACGUCAACGUUUAAAAAUCGCCUGAGACCGCUAGCAAAUGUCGAAGACUUCAAAUCUACAACGGCCCAUGGUGCUACUGUACCUUCUCUUGGAUUAACGAAUAAAGCAACGUUUGACGAAAAAAAUGGUCAGUGCGAAAACGAAGGAGAUCUAACAACACAGGAUAUAUAUGAACCACCUACAGAAGAGGAACUAGCACAAAAUACACUCUGGCCGGAAUUGCAAAAGCUUUAUGGACACGGUUAUGAAAUAUUCUGCAUGGCGGCGAGACACGAUGGACAAUUGCUAGCUACAGCAUGCAGAUCAACCACUAUAGAACACUCGGCAAUCAUAUUAUGGAGCACCGACACAUGGUCGCAAGUUCAGAAAUUAGUUUCUCAUCAAUUGACGGUGACACAAAUGGAGUUCUCUCCGAACGAUAGAUAUUUGCUGUCUGUCUCCAGAGAUAGAAAAUGGUCGUUAUUCAAAAACGAAGGCGAAAGUUAUGUGUUAAUCGCAGUUAGCUCGAAGAAAGAUAGUCCGCAUUCGCGAAUAAUUUGGUGCUGUGCUUGGAUGAGCGAUUCGAGUUAUUUCGCAACUGGCUCCAGAGACGGAAAAAUCGGUAUAUGGUCCGCAAAGACGAUGGAGGACAUAACUAAAAAUGUUAUACCAGAGAUGAUUCUAGACACACAAAACCAAUCGGUUACAGCGCUAUGUUUUGCACCAAACUGCAUAGAAGGAUCUUGCGUUUUGGCUAUUGGAUACGAAACAGGACAUAUAGAAAUUCGAAGAAUCACUAUUAAUUUGGAGAAGACAUGGUCGGAAUUAUUGAAAUAUGAUACUUCUCAGGCUCAUCAUUUAACUGUAAAAAAACUUAUGUUUCGACCUAAUAAUGAACAUUCUCACGAUACAUUGCAAUUAGCAAGUUGUAGUUCUGAUCAUUCAGUUAAGAUAUAUGAUAUAAAUCUAUCAUCGUAGCGUUAAAGACAUGAUUUUUACAACAUACAAAUAAAUUUCUACUCCAAUAUCGCGUUAUUCUUGUAUAAAAUUAUACACAAUCUUAUGGAAAGCUACGAUUGUAUAAAUAUCUACAAAAUUCUAAAAUCAA